CUCUCUCUCUCUCUUGCCCUAAAAGCCCUAAAAGCCCCAAUCUCUCAUGAGAGCUCUCUUUCUCUCUUUAUCCAUUAUUGUGCUACCCCCAUCUCUCAAGCUCUUAUUCCCUCUCCCCCCUCUCUCAAUUUCUCGAGUGGUGCGGCAUGGUGGGUUUAGAGACGCCGGAAUCAAGUGGGGGUGCAGAUGAUCGUCCUGGGGUUUCUCAUCCUUUUGUAAAAUGUUCACUUGUAAGGGGUCAUUUGGAUGCAUGUAAAGUCCUUAAGUUGUAACAGGAUUACAAGUACCGAAGUCUUAUUGAGAGAGCUCUUAAAGCAAGGCUUGUGUACGGAAGUCGUCAUAUGAACCAAGCUGCUAGUUUUGAAUACAUGAAUCCUCAGUUGGUGUGGAAUGAUUCUCGCCUCUCGUUCAUGAUGGCAAAUGGUACUCUAGUUCAGGUUCUUAUUCAUACGGAUGUUACAAAGUACCUAAGCUUCAAAGUUGUGGACAGGGGCUAUGUCUUUAAUAAAGGAAAGGUUCACAAGGUUCUAGCAGCAGACAUAGAGGCCCUCAAAUCUCCAUUGAUGUGCUUAUUUGAAAAGUGUUGUCCUCAUAAGUUCUUCAUCUAUGUCCAAAAUUAUGUAGAAAAUGACCCCAAGACACAUGAAGGGCUGGACCUUACAAGAGUGACGACUAGAGAACUUAUUGCGCAUGUUCCUGAUCUUUCACUUGCAUAUACAAAAUUAUUUCAUAUUGAGAAUACUUUGUUAUAAUAAUGGAAGUAUCUACUAUUAAGUUUUGAUUUAUGUGCCUUGAAUUGAACAACUCACAUUCUCACAUGGAUUUUUAAAGUUCAAACCAGUCUGUAUGAUUUUUUCAUGAGGCCAAUCCACUACAAAGCACUUUAGGUUAAACUUAACCUACUAUGCAAUGUGUGGAACCCCAUUGUAAUGUGUGCAUGACAUCCAUUAGUGCAUCAUGUGUGCCCCUUCAUGUUCUCCUUGGCUCUCAAAAAUAGGCUGAUCCAAAAGUCAAGUGGACCGUACCGUGUAAAAUCAUGCUUAAAACAUAAACAAUCACAUGGUGUGGCCCACCUUAGCUUUGGAAUAGCCUGAUGUUUGGGGUGUCCACUCAUCUCAUUGGUGCAUCCUCUGAAAUAUACAAAAACCUGCGGACCCCACAUGCAAUCUGGAAAGCUUCUAAUGGCCAGGGUUGGUGUGGGCUCUUUCGUUUUAAUCGGCCUUAUUUUUUAGCUGGCCUAAUAAUUUUUGUUCAAUAUUCGACAUUCAUUCUUUUUGCAUUAUUAGAUGCUGGUAGUACUGUUUUUCUUGAAGUGAAGUUUCUGCAAGUAUCACCCUAAGCUAUAUGAAUGAAUGUAUCAUAUGAAGAGAAGUUUCUGCAAGCAUUACCCUAAGCUAUUUGUUGUGUUUGUAGGCUUAUGUGAUUGACAACCUAAUCAUUUCUACACAAGCCUACCUCUUUGCUCCUUCAUUUGUGGAUAUUUACAAAGCCAUGGACUUCAUUCAUAAUAAGUGACUUGUUCUAAUGCACAGGUAUGCAUGUACAAGUCCUUUAGCCCCAUUGAGAUGUUAGCUUUUCAUGGUGCUAGUUCUUAUCAUUUUAAUAUAAGGAUUAGUCAUAUAUUUCAGCCCAUGAUCAAGGGCAUAAUGUUGUUGCUCUAACUGUUCGCUUAUUUGAUAUCUACAUAUGGCGUGUUUGUUCUUAGACAGACACACAAGUGGCACGUGAACUGACUCACUAAGUUGUUCCAUUGUUGAUAUAUCAUCAUGCAGGAGCUAGACACUUAGAAAUGGUCAUAAUACUACUACUCCUCCAUGUUUUGUGAUUGCUUGGCUUCUAUUUAUAUAUAUUAUGGAUUGUGUUUCUCCCGAGUCAAGAAAACCAUUUCUAUUGAUAUAUUAUCUACAUGAUUGUUGUGGCCACAACAUUUCUUUUGUGGUAUUUUCCUUAGACUAUAAUCAGAAUUGCACAUGUGUCAUUUAAACCCUUGAUCUUUUUCUUUUAAUAAGUUGUUCCUUCAGUAAUUUAUUUAAUUCCA